AUGUUACUGUAUGAUGUGUACCAGGCUAUGUUACUGUAUGAUGUGUACCAGGCUAUGUUACUGUAUGAUGUGUACCAGGCUAUGUUACUGUAUGAUGUGUACCAGCUAAUGUUACUGUAUGAUGUGUACCAGGCUAUGUUACUGUAUGAUGUGUACCAGCCUAUGUUACUGUAUGAUGUGUACCAGCUUAUGUUACUGUAUGAUGUGUACCAGCUUAUGUUACUGUAUGAUGUGUACCAGCUAAUGUUACUGUAUGAUGUGUACCAGCUAAUGUUACUGUAUGAUGUGUACCAGCUAAUGUUACUGUAUGAUGUGUACCAGCUUAUGUUACUGUAUGAUGUGUACCAGGCUAUGUUACUGUAUGAUGUGUACCAGCUAAUGUUACUGUAUGAUGUGUACCAGCUAAUGUUACUGUAUGAUGUGUACCAGCUAAUGUUACUGUAUGAUGUGUACCAGCUAAUGUUACUGUAUGAUGUGUACCAGGCUAUGUUAGUGUAUGAUGUGUACCAGCUUAUGUUACUGUAUGAUGUGUACCAGCUUAUGUUACUGUAUGAUGUGUACCAGGCUAUGUUACUGUAUGAUGUGUACCAGCUUAUGUUACUGUAUGAUGUGUACCAGCUUAUGUUACUGUAUGAUGUGUACCAGCUAAUGUUACUGUAUGAUGUGUACCAGCUAAUGUUACUGUAUGAUGUGUACCAGGCUAUGUUAGUGUAUGAUGUGUACCAGCUUAUGUUACUGUAUGAUGUGUACCAGCUUAUGUUACUGUAUGAUGUGUACCAGGCUAUGUUACUGUAUGAUGUGUACCAGCUUAUGUUACUGUAUGAUGUGUACCAGCUUAUGUUACUGUAUGAUGUGUACCAGGCUAUGUUACUGUAUGAUGUGUACCAGCUUAUGUUACUGUAUGAUGUGUACCAGGCUAUGUUACUGUAUGAUGUGUACCAGGCUAUGUUACUGUAUGAUGUGUACUAG